AUGUCGUCGAAUCUGGAGAAGGUUUAUCAGCAGAUACGAUGUAUAAAAAGUCGCCCAAGGGAGGUUCUAUCGUUUGAUGAGAUCCAGGACCUGUUGGAGGAUGCCAAGAAGGAGAAUUACGACGAUAGUAUUGUUGUAAGUGAAUGAUAUCUGCAUUAAAUACUUUUUAGCAUUUGCUUGAAGCAUACAACUACAUACGAAUUGGAUGUUUUGAAGAAGCCCUAUUUAGUGUAGUUGCAUUCUUCGAUUAUUAUGAGAAUUCACUACCAAAAAAAGGAGACAGAAAGUAUGAAAGACGGUAUAGCACCCUCAAGCAUGGACUAGUUUUGGUGGCAACUUUACACAGAUUUUUCGGCAGUUAGUAAGUUAUUUUAACGUGAGUUAUCUUCUUAGUCUCCCCGGGUCGGCAUUGUUAACACAAGCGACAGCCAACGCUCAUGAUAAUCAUGAUGUCUCGGAGUAUCGAUUCUGUAUGCUUGAAGAACGGGCGUACAAUUUAAAUGCUGUUCAGACAUCCAUGAAUCCGGCUCUGCGUAGAAACAUCGACGAUCCUUAUUACAGUAAGUUUACUUGUUUCUAUUUCAUUUUUUUAGUGGAAGAUCUAAACAAAAGAUUUCUAACUCGAUUUCAUUCCGAUCAAGUCCACUUACCGUCUAUGGGAUUGGAAGAAGCAUUUAGGACUUUCAUCGCUGCAGGAUUUGCACACAAAUCGCCUCGGUUUAAAGCCAUUGCACAACAUUUCCGAAUGGGCCUGGUUUUUAUAAACGCGUUGCAUUGUGCUAGGACGUGUGAUAAUCUGGAGAAGUAAGUUCAAUAGUUUCGGAAAAUUUUUGAGCCUUGUAAUACCAACCUGGUAAAAAUGUGCCAAAGGGUUCCCGAGAACUUCCAGAACCUUUUUUUAAGUCACUUUUGAUUCAAUUUUAGUUUGUCGAAGUAUCUAAAUGUUUGUUUGGAAAACGAAAUAGCAAGUCAAUGGAGAAUGUAUGCCAACGAUAUUGAAGAUGGAGCACUAGCAAUUCAUAGCACCGUUGUUCUGGCUAACGGAUGUACUGCCUUGGAAGAGAAACACCGAUUUCUCCGAGAUGACGAACUUCCGGAAAAAGUGACAGAAGGUGAAGUAAGUAGAGUUCCACAAGUGUUUCCAUUUUUAGCUGAUUAUGGGGGUAAAUGCCGCUUAUGCGUAUGCUUGUCAAGGGCUGUUUGAUAACGCUAAGAGUGUUCUAUCAGGCCUCAGAAAGAAUUUUCCAUCCGCAAGCAAUCCUAUGGUAAGAUUAUUUUUGCCAGACCGGUUUACUUAUAGCUUUCCAUCCACUGGCAACUAGCAGAACAAUGUAUUUUAUAUGAUUGUGAGUUCUUUCGAGGGGAAUUCGAGAAAUGUGAAGAGAGAUUGCCCUAUCUAAACGAAUAUUCGCAGCCGGAAUCUCUGUUCAGGUAAAUCAAUUCGAGCAAAUAAAUAUUGUUUAGGAAAUGUAUGCUCGACUGCGCGUUCGGGUGCUACAAAGAAGAAGAACUCCUCGAAUUCUUAUCAAGUAUUCGUAAAAGUAGUGACCCUCAUCUAAAGAUUAGAGCAAGGAUUGCCUUAGGAAAUUUGAAGGUGGUUAAUGGAGAUGUUGAAAAUGGAAUUUCAAACCUGGAAAGAGCUUCAGCUUCGGCCAAAAGACUUAAACUAUCCUUCUUGGAGGCUUCAGCCAAAAGGAGAUUAGCUUUCGCUUAUGUGAGUUAAUAACUCUAGAAAGGUUUCUGGUGAUUUUAUGGGUGUAUUAUUUUACUUCAGAUAUGUCGACAAGACUUCCAGAAAGCCAGUUCUAUACUACUGUCGCUUGAGAUGGUAUUUGAGGACGUCGAUGUUGUUGCCGUUGAAAGGUUCCUCUAUUAUUCCACAUGGCUUGAGUUGUUUAACCAAAAAGCGGUUAGAGAACCUCUAAACGCCGAUGAGAGUAAGCGUUUAAAGAUUUUUUAACAGUACUGUGUAUAGAAAUGUCAUCCUUCCGCUUUAUAAUGAAGGCGGCCAACUCCAUUCCCCACAAAGGAUUCCCUUUAUUGGAGUCUGAAUUGUAUCUCAAGGCAUGCUUUUUUGUCCACGAUCACUGCAGCAAUCUGGUAUUAGCGAAUGUACUAGCAAAACUCAGAGAAUCAACGGGAAUUGAACUUGUAACUAAUUCUUUCAAUUACUUUGUUCUGUAA